AUGGUGGAAACUGUAAGGAAAAGACUAAUCAUGGCCAAAGUGUCCCCCUUAGCCCCACCCGCCAUCGUCGUCACAGAGAUGGAGCGGCCGAAGUGGAGCGAACGGUCAAGUCGAAAAGCCGCCAUUUUGUUCAACGUCAAUAACAGCAACAACAACGACGAUCAAAAAGAAAAGGAGGAGGAAAAAGAAGAAACCAAAACAUCAGCGAAGAAUGAAGAGAAGCAGAGGAAGAAGGGGGAGAAGAAGGAGAAGAGAGAGCAGAAGGAGUGA